AAUCAACCCAGUCAAAAUAUUCUGCAAUUUAUUUCAAGUUUACCUACAAGGACAAACAAAUUGAGGCGUAAAAGCAUCAUUAGUGGACAGUCGCUCACUUUGAUUGGCUGUGUCGCGACUACGUCGAAAUAUGAUUGGCUGUCAGAUCAUGAGCGCCCGCCUAUUUUUGAAGCCAAGAUUGUUUUGAGAGCUGGGUUGAAAUAGCAUGCUAAGUAGCUAGCAAGCAGCUAGCUUCCCGAACCUCUCGCUUAAGUUGUCGUGGGUGCGGAUAAUAACCUAAAAUGUCCAAACUACAGGACGGCCACAGGAAGGAUCUCAGGUCAACCUGGUGAGUGUGUUGACUUGCCUGGUGCCCUAUCAAACAGGCAUCUGUUUGGGAAAGGAUGCCAGAGAUGACUGAAACAGAAACUGGUCGAAAACCAAAAAAGAAGAAAAACAAAGAAUCCCACAAUGCAGUCGAGAGGCACCGAAAAGAGAAGAUAAAUGCAGGGAUUAACCGCAUUGGCAAUCUGCUGCCUUGUUCACAAGCACUUAAACAGAGUAAGAACAUGAUCCUGGACCAGGCCUUUCGCUACAUCACCGAGCUGAAGAAACAAAAUGACGCAAUGCUCCUGGAAGGCGGUGAUAAAGUUCAAGCGGACGAGAUCAGACGAUUGCGGCGUCAAUGUGAGGAGCUUCGCAAGGAGAGCGGCCACUACAUAGAGCUUCUCAAAGCCCAUGAUAUUAACAUCUUAGAAGACCCUACGAUCCACUGGAAGGGCAAGAAGCGCUGUACCAAAGUUGCCAAAGUGACUCCAACUCAUCAGCUGCCCAAGAGAAUAAUUGUCUAUUCCAACGGCAACGUGAUGUGCCCCACAGGAAAAGAUGCGAAUCCCGGGAAACAACUCUCAGAAACAUUAAUCCUUCAGCCGCCCUCGGACGUGAACCCAAGUGUGAGGGUGAAUGGAGCCUUGCUCCAACCAACUUCUUCCGCUACUUUGCUUCACACCGGUUCAGGUGUCACACAUUCGACAGCAGGCCUCACCGUGGUAGAGCAGUGUGUUAUAGAGAAGCCGCCUGAGCCACCUUCCAUGUCCUACAUCACCCUCCAGCUUCCCACCGUAAACACUGGACUAGCCCAGCCACCUGCUGUCCCCUCCCUGACCAACAUAGCCGCUACUUCAGCUUCUCAGCUUCCGCCACCCGUCUCCUGUCUUGCCACAAUAAAUCAGACUGUAAGGGACACCACCCUCAGGACUGUAAAUUACACUGCAAUCCCUAAUAGCCAAGCCCUUCUCAGGGCAGGGGCUGCUGGUAGCACGCAAACCACAUGGACAACGCUGCAGAUGGCAGGCAACACAGUGCAGCCCGUCUGCCAGAGUUUAGGCAGCACCACUCAAGCUGUCCACCAGGUGACAGUGUGCCCUGUGGGCACUAAACCUCCUCCAGUUCAACCAAUUCAAAUACAGAUGCAGCCUCCGCCUGUGCCUGUACAACAAGCCCCUAUUACAGCACAUAUUCAGGCAAGGCCGCCCCAGCUACGACCCGCAAUCCCAGUUCUUGCCCCACAACCGCAAUGUGCUGUUGUGCCGCCGCCGGCCAUUGUGGCCCACCCCACCAUUGUUUCUCAACCCCAGCCAGCAGUACUUCAGCCCGCGUCGCUUAUUCCCCACACUCCCACGGCCCUUAUUCCACAAGCUCAACAGCAGGCCACUGUGCUGCCCCUCCUCCAAACCAUGCAGGUCCUGCAGGUCAACCCAAGCAGUGCAACAGCAUCAGUGCCGCAGAACACCAACAACCCCAGCGUCGUCAUUCUACAGCAGGCCAACUCCUGCCCAAGCCAGCCAGUCAUCAGAGAAGAAGUGAGCAACCCGACCCCCUGCCAACAUAUUGUCAUCAUUCAGGCACCCAACCAAACUGCGCCUGCCUCUCAGAAUCCUAAGGUUGGCUUGGUGCCUACUGUCGCUGCUACUGCUGUGCCUGCUUCAAUACCUGCCACUCAAACAACCAACAGUUCUACAUCAACGUUGCAGAGUGUGGGUGGAAAGCAGCUGGUGCAUAUUCUUCCGCGUCCGGCACAGCCUCCGUUGAACCAUCCAUCACCGAUGAGCCAGGCAGCCACUGGAGUCCAGGCUACCCCGCAGACGAUCACUGUGAACGGGCAGGUGUUUGCCUUACAGCCCAUGAAGACUUCAGAUAAAACCGCUUCCCAAAGUACAAUCCAACUGGUCCAGCCUACCACUAUUGAGGAACCCACUACUAACGUGGCUCUCAACAGCCUUGGCGCCCUAAGUAGUCUGAACCAGAGCAUCUCUCAGGGGCUUCCACUUAGCAUUUCUAGCCAGAGCAACAACAGCAACAACAAUUGUGACCCGCCGCAAGCUGCGCCAUCAGCUGAUGUCCAGCAAAAACGACAGCCUCCUGCUCCAGUUAGUGUCCCUGGAGCCACAGUGGUCACGCCUGUCCAGCAAUUACAGGUGCCUCGCCUGAGCCCGGUCAAAUCCGGACUUGCUGUGAGUGUGCCUAAGCUUGCUGGAAAGCGCUUGCGGACAAAUCUCCAAGCUAAGCGAUCAGCAGCUAAAAGGACCAAAGUGUCUAAGAAGAGUGAGCUCAACCAGGCUAGUUCAGAAAAUCAGAAAACAUCUCAGGCCUCAGACAUUCCUCUUGUAGCCCCUACCACAGUGUCUGGUGAAACUGUACAAAUUGUCCCUUCUCCACAAAGCUCGCCGAAAACGGUUAUAUGCGUUACAUCCAGCGGUCCAAGUGGAUUUAGUCAGCCCCAGCCGCAAACUGUCGCCUCUGUCAGCGCAAAUCCCAAUACUGUUAUUUUUAGUCAACCUAAUUCAAGUGUUACAGCAACCACAGUUGCAACUGUCAGUGUGGCAUCACUCACGCCAUCAGUGAGUGAAGCCUUGGCCACUAAUGACAAAGCGGCUGUAGCUUCAAAUGGCAGCUCGGUGGUAAACAAGCCUGUAGAAUUAGAAAUGAAGCAACUGGCCACCAGUGAAGCGACUGACACAACACAAAGCAACACAGCUAUUCCCAUAACGGUGUCUAAAACGAGUAGAACUGUCGUCACUGCUACAGGAGACAGUAAUGUAGUGAAUAAAUCCAUCACUCCUGCUAUCGUAUGCACCACAGCAGUAGUCGCCGUUACUCCAAGUACGCAAUCAGAAUCGUGUCCCAAGCGACCCGACAAUACAGAUUCGGUGCCUUGCAGUAAAUAUGACCCCUCUCCCUCAUCCACCACUGCAACUUCGUUGUCGUUGGUUAGCACUAGCACGACAAAUUCAGAGCUGAGGAAGACCGAUACUGCUGCAAGAGUACAGACAGAGCAACCAGACCCUAAUGUGCCAACUGAUGCCAAACUUCCUCAGCCAGUAGGGAAAAACAGACAAACCGAAGAAGAGAGACCUGCUACAAGCUCAGCAGUGUCCACAACACAUACAAUGCCUAAGAAAGACUUGGUGCUAUCUCAUGGGAUGUACACUAACCUAGACGAUCAACCCGUGGAACCCCCGGUGACGGAUUCCUCCAUGUCUAUAGUUGCAGGGGGAGGCAGAGGCUUCUCUGUGGCCUCCAUGCUUCCUCAGGGUCAAGGCAUGACUGCCUCCUCUGGCUCCUUUGGAUCAUUUACCUUCACAUCUGAGCAGGCCGAGAUGCUUGCAUUGGCCAUGCUAGAACAAGACAGUCCGGGAAGGAGGGCUGGAAACUGUGUCGGGAACGACACUGCUCCUGCCACAUGGCAGCCACCCAAAGUUCUUGCUAGUAAAGAAAAAAACCCCACUGGGCAGCAGGCAAAAUUGACCAAACCUGUAGACUCCGUGACGGUUAAGCCUCCACUUCAGGUGUCCGUCAGAGGACAAAUUGGCGAUAGUUCUGUCAGUGGAGCAGGUGGAAGCAGACAUCCACAGAACCCAGCUCAUCUCAUCACAUACACCCAAUCUCAGGUCCAAACUCAGAGUUCAGCACAAAGUGGCACCGUUGCCAGUUUGAGUGUCAACAACCUGAUCAGGCCCAGUUCCUCCCAGCGUCCUUACCCGGGCUCUCCCAGUCUGUUGGGCCAGCAGUGCUCCGUGCCCUCUCCUGCUACUGCCUCUGUCCACAUUGCCCAGCCUUCUAACAACACACUCUCUCCCUGCUCAGGUGCAGCCCAGCUAAAUGAGUACACCCCGAUGAAGACAUUAAUGAGAGCUCAGGCUGAGAGACAGGUAAAGAUCCUGUCCAAGCGCCAGGCCCAGGAGGAAGCCAUGCUCAACACAGGAAAACGACCUAAGCCGUGCCCGCCACCGGGUCCCGCUGUGGGCCACAUGGAUGUAAAAAUAGCGGACCACAACCAGAUGAUGGUUGGACAAAUGCCUACCUCGUCCUCGACUAUGGCAAGAAUUAAUUCCGAAGGCUCUCUUUUCUCCACAAACUCAUUUAUGAGCACCGUAGUUCAAGCCACCGACACCCACUGCCCCCCUGAGCAGAACCAGCCCGGGGUGCCCCACCUGUCCCAGGGUCAUCCUCAACAUUCUGUUGCCCAGCCUGUCCAGCACUUGGGAGGCAAUGUUUACAUGAAACAGCAUCAACAAGAGCAACAAAGACAUCACCUGUACCAUUUGCAACAUCACCUGAGCCAGCCGGACCCGGCCCAGCGCCACUCGCUACACCAGAGGGCACUUCAGCAAGAGCAACACGCACAGAAAAAGAGGGGGCUGGUUCGAGGCAGCCAGACCGCCUCGCCCGCCGCUGUUGCCAUGCAGCAGAAGCAGCAUCACCUGGAAAAAUCUGGAGUUCAACAGCAGCACUCGCAUCCGCAGCAGGCGCCGCAUCAGCAGCACACGCAGCAACAGCAGCAGGCCACUCAGCAACACUCGCAGCAGUCCCACCAACAGUCGCAUCAGCCGGCGCAGCACCAGCAGUCGCAUCCUCAACAGCACCAAGGGCCCACACAUCAAAGUCAGCAGCACCAACAACAACACCAUCAACAGCUACAGCAGCAACAGAACUCCCACAGCAGGCACCAGCAGCAUCUUCAACAACAGAUCCAACAACAGCAGCACUUUAGACACCAGGAAAAGAGUUGUGAGGCCCAAGCUGCUGGAGCCAGAGCCCAUCACAACAACCACCUGGCUCAGCAGGACCACCUCAAGCCUGGCCCAGACCACAGUGCCAUGCAGCGGAUGAUGACCUCUAGGUCUUUGGACCCACAGCAGCUCAUCUCAUCACCCGGCAACCCAGCAUCCCGUUCGUCUGACUUGUCGUGCGCGCCGUCACGCCAGGAGCGCCACCGGGUCUCCAAUUACUCUGCCGAGGCGCUCAUAGGUAAAAGCUCGACCAGCGCCGAUCAGCAGCAGCGCAUGGCGCACCACCUCCAAACGGGCCGUGGUGGCGCCGCACCGGAUCGGGGAGACCCACGAGGCUACGUGGAUGCGUCAGGACGAGGCAAGGCUAACGUGGCGCACAACCCACAGGGCCGCCUCCCCUCAGACCACCCGGGGUCGGCCGACGUGCAACGCGUUUCGGAGUGCCCGCCUUUCAAAACAGCGGUGGCCGGACCGCAUCAACUUGGUGGUUUCGAGGCCCAGGCUUCUCGGGGGAGUGACAUGGCACCCAAAUCCCAGAGGGCGCAGCAGCAGCAGGGAAGUUUCAGAAUGGGUGUUGGACCGCCUCCGGAUGGGAGGAACCGUGGCGGUGGCGGCGGAGGCUACCCGGGUGUCCAACUCGGCCCGCAGGGAGCACACGUUGGGCCCUCGCUGCUCCGUGAGCAGGAAGCUUGUCACCAAAGUUUCAUGCAGAGCCUCCUGACCCCCGACGGGAACCACCAGAGGGCAACACAGUGCUGCCCGCCCGUUAGCAUGGAGUACACCUGCGGGAGCUCGUCCGGGGACGUCCGGGCCAAGGCGUCCAGCCCUGGUCAGAAGCCCCCCUCCAUCAACAAAAGCCACAUCUCUCAGGUCAACAACAUGCACGGCGUUGUCCGCGCCACCCACCCUCCCGAGCCUAAUCGCCCAUCAGCCCCGGUCAGCCAACACUCGCGCCAUGCACCGCCCUCUAAACUGAGACCGGGAGAGCGCCCCCGCUCAGGACCGCUGCGACCUAGUAAUCCUUUUGAGCCCGAUAAUCCCCCGCCCCUUCCCUCUGGAGGCGGGGUCCUCCUGGGCCGCCCCCAGUCGGGGGGCGAGGCGCGACGCAGCACUAUCGUUCGCUUCAUGGCGGAUGGUGCCCAGCCGCCCGCCGACAACAACCCAGCCCCUGAACAACACCUGACGCAGAACUUCGGCUUCCCGUUUAUCCCAGAGGGCAGUGUAAACGCGCCUAUUAACACCAACGCCACCUUCAUGCCGCCCUCUAGUCAGCCUAACACCGCUCGGACUCCCUCCCUGCUACCCGUCGAGCCCCAGAACACCCUCCCCUCCUUCUACCCGUCUUACUCUCCAGCUGCCCACCCCGGCCUAGCGGGUGAUGUCACCUUGCAGUACUUCUCCAACCAGAUGUUCCCGGGCCCCGGUGCUGACAAAUCUGGUGCCCCGCCUCCCCUCAACAACCGCUUCGGCUCCAUCUUAUCCCCACCACGCCCGGUGGGCUUCGCUCAAGCUAGCUUCCCGCUACUUCCCGACAUGCCCCCCAUGCCUAUCGCAAACUCAUCGGGCAUCACGCCGCACAUCUCUAACUUCAGUCUCACCUCACUCUUCCCGGAGAUCGCCGCCCCCGGCAUGCCUGCCGAUGGCUCGGCCAUGCCCAUGUCGCCGCUGCUGUCGCUGGCUAACGCGUCUGCCGCUGAUUCGGGGAAGCAACCGAACAGGCCCGCACACAACAUCAGCCACAUCCUUGGACACGACGGCAGCUCGGCCGUCUGACGGACAAUUUUGCUGGAUCGUUUGAUACAAAACGCAUGUUCAUCAAAGGAAAUCAUGUAAAACUGUCACAUGUGUGAAAGGGGCUACAUGACUGUUUGGACUGCAUUUUGUUGUCAUGUUCGCUGCUUUUUUUGGGCAAUGUUAUGGUUUUCUUUCUAAGAAAUAAGCCGGUGUACAUUUGGAACGACUGUAAUUGACUAACUUAUAUCAGGUUGCAUUGUACAGAAUCAGGAUUACAUAUUUUGUAUAUACACGCGUUUCAUAUCGAAAGGUUAGAUUGUGUAUUUGUACAUAAAGAAAAUGGAUUAAUAAAGUUUAUAAGAGUACUUUUGUACAGAAGUGUAUUGCAAUGGCUUAAAAAAUGUUUUCAGUAAUUUAUUUGGGGUGUUUUUUUUCCCAGGUGCUUUUUUUUUUAUUACCUUG